UUUCCCACCUCUUUUCUCUCUACAAAAUUUCUCAACAUUUUCCCCUCUCUCACAACACCAAAUUGUACUACUACUACUACACAAAAACAUCAAAAAUAGGUAGCUAUGGCCACUACUACUUCACAUGCUACAAAUACAUGGAUUAAGCCUAAGUUGUCAAUGCCAUCAUCAAAAGAGUUUGGUUUUGCAUCAAACUCUAUUUCUCUACUCAAAAAUCAACAUAAUAGACAAAGUCUCAACAUUAAUUCCUCUCUUCAAGCUCCACCUAUUCUUCAUUUUCCUAAACAAUCUUCAAAUUAUCAAACACCAAAAACUAGUACAAUUUCACACCCAAUACAAGAAAACAACAACUCUUCUUCUAUUUCUAAGUGGAAUUUAGUGCAGAAAGCAGCAGCAAUGGCUUUAGAUGCUGUAGAAGGUGCUUUAACAAAACACGAACUCGAACACCCUUUGCCGAAAACGGCCGACCCACGAGUCCAGAUUUCUGGGAAUUUCGCUCCGGUACCGGAAAACCCAGUCUGUCAAUCUCUUCCGGUCACCGGAAAAAUACCCAAAUGUGUUCAAGGCGUUUACGUUCGAAACGGAGCUAACCCUCUUUUCGAACCAACCGCCGGACACCAUUUCUUCGACGGCGACGGUAUGGUUCACGCCGUUCAAUUCAAAAAUGGGUCAGCUAGUUACGCUUGCCGGUUCACUGAAACAGAGAGGUUUGUUCAAGAAAAAGCUCUGGGUCGCCCUGUUUUCCCUAAAGCCAUUGGUGAAUUACAUGGUCACUCUGGAAUUGCAAGGCUUAUGCUGUUUUACGCUCGUGGGCUCUUCGGACUUAUUGAUCACAGUAGAGGAACUGGAGUUGCAAACGCCGGUUUAGUCUAUUUCAAUAACCGAUUACUUGCUAUGUCUGAAGAUGAUUUGCCUUACCAUGUAAAGGUAACACCCACCGGCGAUCUUAAAACAGAGGGUCGAUUCGAUUUCGACGGCCAGCUAAAAUCCACCAUGAUAGCUCACCCAAAGCUCGACCCAGUUUCCGGUGAGCUAUUUGCUCUUAGCUACGAUGUGAUUCAGAAGCCAUACCUCAAGUAUUUCAGAUUUUCAAAAAAUGGGGAAAAAUCAAAUGAUGUUGAAAUCCCAGUUGAAGACCCAACAAUGAUGCAUGAUUUCGCAAUUACUGAGAAAUUCGUCAUCAUUCCUGAUCAACAAGUCGUUUUCAAGAUGUCUGAAAUGAUCCGUGGAGGUUCACCGGUGGUUUACGACAAGAACAAAGUUUCCCGAUUUGGGGUUCUGGAUAAGUACGCGAAAGAUGGGUCUGAUUUGAAAUGGGUUGAAGUUCCUGAUUGUUUCUGUUUCCAUCUCUGGAAUGCUUGGGAAGAACCAGAAACAGAUGAAAUCGUUGUAAUUGGUUCAUGUAUGACGCCACCAGAUUCCAUUUUCAAUGAAUGUGAUGAAGGACUAAAAAGCGUUUUAUCCGAAAUUCGUCUCAAUUUGAAAACAGGGAAAUCAACAAGAAAAGCCAUAAUCGAAAACCCGGAUGAACAAGUGAAUUUAGAAGCUGGAAUGGUGAACAGAAACAAACUUGGAAGGAAAACACAGUAUGCUUAUUUGGCUAUUGCAGAACCAUGGCCAAAAGUUUCUGGUUUUGCAAAAGUAGACCUGUUUACAGGUGAAGUUGAGAAAUUCAUUUAUGGUGACAACAAAUAUGGUGGGGAGCCUCUUUUUUUACCAAGAGACCCAAACAGCAAGGAGGAAGACGAUGGUUAUAUUUUAGCUUUCGUUCAUGAUGAGAAAGAAUGGAAAUCAGAGCUUCAAAUUGUUAAUGCAAUGACUUUAAAGUUAGAGGCAACAGUGAAACUUCCAUCAAGAGUUCCUUAUGGUUUUCAUGGAACUUUCAUAAAUGCGAAUGAUUUGGCAAAUCAGGCAUGAUUGUAGCUAUUACUGAGGAGAUUUACCAGAGGGAUGGUUUAGAAUAUACGUCCCCGGAAUAUCCUUUUUAAUGGAGUUCGUUUCUUUGAUUAUUUUUACUUUCUUUUUUUGUUUAUAGUGUGAGAGAUUUUCAGAGGACCAGUUAGUAGCUUAGAUGUAGUUAGAAAAUUGGAGCUCAGCUGGUUUUUCUGGUUAUUCUUUCACAUUUGAUUGUGCAUGAGAGAGCAUAUAUACCUUAUUAUAGGAAUACUAUACAAUGUUCCUGUAACUCUCUGUUUUCUUGUAUAUGAAAAUCAUGGCUUAUACUA